AUGAGAUUCUUCUUCAUUGCUUCAGCCUUAUUCGCUGUCUCAUCUGCCUUCUUAUUCGGUGCUCUCGGAGGAGGAGGAGGUGGGGGUGGAAGUGGAUGUGGAUGUGGUGCUCCACCACCUCCUCCUCCUCCAGCUUGUGCACCUCCACCACCCGCCCCAGCAUGUGGAGGAGGAGGUGGAUAUGCUGCACCACCUCCCCCACCUGCUCCAGCUGCUUAUGCAGCUCCACCGCCAGCUUAUGCGCCUGCACCAGCCGCUGGAGGAUAUGCUGCACCAUCUGGAGGAUACGCUGUUGGAGGACGCAAAUAA